UAGUUUUAUUUCCUCAAAGUCUUUCUUUGUGUUUCUUCUCUCCAUCCUCCGACUCUGUCUCCACCCACUACUCUCUCUCACUACUAACCGAGUCAUCAUGGGCAAGAACAACAAGGAGAACAAAGGAGAUGGCGGCGGCGGCGGCGAGAAGAAAACGGCGUCAGUCACCGUCGUUUUGAAGAUCGAUAUGCAUUGCGAAGGCUGCGCUUCAAAAAUCGUUAAAUGCGUUCGUACUUUUCAAGGCGUUGAGACUGUGAAGUCGGAAUCAGACUCCGGGAAAUUAACGGUGACCGGAGAUGUAGAUCCGGCGAAAAUCCGGGAGAAACUUGAAGAGAAGACAAAGAAGAAAGUUGAUUUGAUUUCUCCUCAGCCCAAAAAGGAGAAAGAGAAAGACAACAACAACAACAAGAAUGACACCAAGGACAAGACCAAAACCGAUGAAGACAAGAACAAAGAAAAAAAACCAGAGGAGAAGAAACCCAAAGAGGCUCCGGUGAUAACGGCGGUGUUGAAGGUGGACUUUCAUUGCCAAGGUUGUAUUGGGAAGAUCCAAAAGACUGUCACUAGAACCAAAGGUGUGAAUGGGCUAACAAUGGAUAGAGAGAAGCAUUUACUAACCGUGAAGGGAACAAUGGAUGUGAAGAAGCUCGCUGACACUUUGUCGGAGAAGCUGAAACGUAAGGUGGAGAUUGUGCCGGCGGAGAAGAAAGACAAAGAGAGUGGUAACGGGAAAGAGAAGGACUCUGGUGACAAGAAGAAAGGAGGAGAAGGCGGAGGAAAGGAGAAUAAUGGUGGUAACAAAGGCGGAGAAGGGGUGAAUGCGAUGGAGUAUGUGGCGGCUCAGCCUGCUUAUGGAGCAGCUUAUUAUCCGGGUGGGCCGUAUGGGUACCCGAUUCAAGCCCACGCGCCUCAGAUGUUUAGCGAUGAGAACGUGAAUGCUUGCGUUGUUAUGUGAGGCGGCGGUAGAAAAUUGUAUAUAUGCUAUAAUUUUGGGUAUUCGGAGAAAUACUAGUUUUAUUUUGUUUUUUAUUUAUGGGCGUUUCUAAUUUUUAAGUUUUUUUUCUUGAGUUAAUUAUGCAAAUAUUUUCUACAAUCAAGAAUAAUUUUUAAGAUUUUAUCCUUGGCUAGUUUCAGUUGGGAAUAUAUUAUGUUCACUUGAUAUAUUUCUUUUUACUCAUUAAU